AUGAACUGGGUAGGCGGGUGUGAGAUGUGCGUGGGUGAGCUCCAACCGGACUACCGUGAGCUGAACAUGGGCAAACUCCACACCCGGCUGCAGCGAGCUAGGCAGGUGGAGGCAGAGGUGUUCCUGGCUGCUGGCCAGGUGUCCGACCCUCGUGGUGGAGGCGGCAGUGGUCUCCCUCACCACGAGUGGGCGGCGCAGCGCGGCUGGUGGAGCUCGUGCGCACGCGACUAG